GGAGCCGGAGUCUAAGAUAAAACAGGACGACAAGGAGAUGCAGAUGGCCUGGGAAGAUAAGAUUGAUACCUCGGAAUAUACAGCUUUGGAUGGUGAGAACGAUGAGAUUAUUACGGAAACAGUUGUAUCUGAGGAAAUGCUGCAGCUCGGUGCGAACGUCACGCUAUAUACGAGGGCGGAGGAGACGGAGGACGAUGACGGAAAUCCGACAUCGACUGAUAGCGUCGAUUCCUCAGAAGCAUACCAGACGCGCCGAAGAAAAAACAUCGUGAUCGAGGUGGAUACUGGUAAUGGUACAGAAAGCGUUAAUAACACAAAAAUGGAAUUAAAAAAUAAGACGAGAGUUGAUCAUAACAAUAAAACAGCACCUCUUGAUGCGGAGAACGAGGAUUACGAAGAUUUCCCUAAAGCCGAGCCGAACGGAUGCAAUCAGAGCAAGAAGAUUUUGAAUAAGCUGAUGAAGUUCUUCAAGAUCUCCGCGGAUUUGGGCUGCGACGAUGCGACUAAAUCCAGGCAACGCAAGAGGCAGCUGUGAAAUUCGUUCUAAACCUAAGGGAAAAUUUUAGUUUUAAGAGAAGAGGCAUCGAGGAUAUCUCCGACGACGAUGACGACGAGGACGACAACGAUGAAGACAUACUGAUAGAAUACGUGGAUUCGAUAGUCACCACUUCUACAGCCACUCAGAAUUUCGAGAAAGGCGAGAUCAAGGGUCUGAACGUUGAGGUCGAAGUCGAAACCACAAUUGAGACGUCCACAGAGAGGAAUUUCUCCUCCGUUGUUAGCUUUAACUUUAUCCUUUUAUUUUUAAUAUAUUUUUGAUUCGGAUCCCCCCAGAUGGUUGAUCUUUGAGGUCCACCCUUCGGAAUGCGCAUAACCGUCGCAAAUACCAAAAUAAUAAAAACGCAAUA